CUGGGGCCACACCCUGCUCCGUCCGCGGCCACCGGGGGUCCAACACUGAACUCUCGCAUGCCAAGCAAGGGCUCCUGUCCUGUGCGCACGCUCCCGACCCGGAUUUUAUUAUGCUGCCGGCUAAAAUUCCAAAUGGGAACUUGGCACCCGGUGUUUGGGGCAGGUGGGGCAGGCCUGCGCGGUGGGGGCGGGCCGCCCUGGAACCGGGAGGGAAACGCCGGGCGGGAAACGCCAAUCCCAAGGCGCGCCCUCUGGGCACCGGAAGUCGCGCGUGCGCAGGGCGCCCGCGCGCCGCCCCGGCCCGCCCCGCGCGGCACGUCCCGCCCGCCACCAGGGGCCGCUGUGGCGCCCGCUCUUCCCGCGCCCACUCUUCCCGCGCGCCGCCUCACUGGUGCCCGAAAUGGCGGCCGCGGCGCUGCUCCGGGGUGCGGCUCCGCGACGCGGCGGCACCGCCUGGCGCUGGCAGCUGCGCGACGCUCCGAGGCGCCGCCUGGCCCAGGACCCAGCAGGCGGCUCGGCCUGGACGCGCUACCCGCUGCAGGGGCGCGGCCUGCUGCGCGUGCGCGGGCCCGACGCGACGCCCUUCCUCCUGGGGCUGCUGACCAAUGAGCUGCCGCUUCCGCCUCCCGCGGGCGCCGGCCCCGCCCCGGCGCGCGCGGGCUACGCCCACUUCCUCAACGUGCAGGGGCGCACACUCUAUGACGUCAUCAUGUACCGGCUCCCUGAGAGUGCGGGCCAGGCACCAGACUUUCUCCUGGAGUGCGACAGCUCUGUGCUGGGCGCCCUGCAGAAGCACCUGGCACUGUACAGGAUCCGGCGCAAAGUCACCGUGGAGCCGUGUCCUGAGCUGCGUGUGUGGGGCGUGCUGCCCAGUGCCCCUGAGGCGGGAGCGGCCACAGCCCUGCAGGAGGCAGCAGAGGGUGGCGCCAUCCUCGCCCGUGACCCCCGCACUGCCUGCAUGGGCUGGCGGCUCCUCACCCAGGAUGAGGGCUCCACCCUGGUGCCCGGGAGUCAGCUGGGACACCCCCAGGAUUAUCACCGGCACCGGUACCAGCAAGGUGUUCCCGAGGGUGUCCUUGACCUGCCCCCAGGAGUGGCCCUGCCCUUGGAGUCUAACCUGGCCUUCAUGAACGGCGUGAGCUUCACCAAGGGCUGUUACAUGGGCCAGGAACUGACUGCCCGUACCCACCACAUGGGUGUCAUCCGCAAGCGUCUCUUCCCUGUGCAGCUCUGCGGCCCCCUCCCUGCUGCUGGCAUUGUUCCUGGCUCCCCAGUGCUCACUGAGUCAGGGCAGGCAGCUGGCAAGUACAGGGCAGGCCAGGGGGACGUGGGGCUGGCCCUGCUGCGGUCGGAGAAGAUCAAGGGCCCACUGCACAUCCGAACCGCAGACAGCAGCCAAGUGACCCUGACUGCGUCCGUGCCGGACUGGUGGCCCACAGCGGCCAAGUAGCCCUCAGGGCCCACCAGCCUGCACGGGGUUUCCUGCUCUUGGUUCACACGUGUCCAGCUGGGCCGUACCUGGAACAUCAGAGUCACGGGGGCCUGUGGAGCAGAAAGGCCGCCAGCUUCCCGGACAGGGCUAGGCAUCGUGCACAGCACCAGUGGGUGAUCGGGAGCGUGUGUGAUCCUGCCCUCCCAGCGUGACAGCAUAGGCCGGAAAAGUGCUUAGACAGGUGAAGGCCGGCCAUGGAGAUCAAGCUUCAAGACCGGGAUUUUCUGCAAAGGCUUUCACUUUGUUUAGCUUUUGUUUUUGAGCCACACCUGGCAGUGCCCAGGGCUUGCUUCUGGCUCUGCACUCAGGGAUCACUCCUGGCCGGACUUGGGGGAUCAGAUGGCUGAACCCAGGUCAGCCGCUUACAAGGCAAGCAGCCUACCCGCUGUGCUCGCUCUGGCUUUUUUGCAAAGAUUUCAGAACCUGGUGACAUCUACAGCCUUAUCAAGUUGUUGUUGUUUUUUAUUUGUUUGGUUUCUGGGGCUACAUCCAGUGUGCUCAGGCCUUACUCCUGCUUCUGUGCUCAUAGAUCUCUCCUGGUUUGGCUUGGGUAACCAUGCGUGGUGGUGUUAGUGAUCAAGCGUGGGUUGAUGGCGUACGGCAAGUGUCCCUCCCUGCCUUAUCACUCUGACCCUGACAUGUUCUGAUCAGUUGUCAUGCUCAGUCAUGAAGCUGCUGCUCUACAGGAGCUGCCCAGCUGCCUGUGGUCAGUUCACUCGAACACUUCGUAUGCUGCCCCUCCCGCCUCCCCGUCACCCUUCUUCUGCCAAGUGCACUGCAGGUGGCAGAGCCCCUGGCUGCAGGAGCUCAGAGCAGCUCUUAUCUCCCCUGAGUCAGGGCGGGCACCAGGGCGGGAGCUGCUGCAUGCAUCAUGGGACCUCUCAGGCUGUGCCCUGCCAGCAUCUGGCGCCAUCAGUCUGUGCCAUUUCUGUUUGGAGACUGGAUGUUUUUUCUCUUGGGCACAUCUCAGAAAGGGCAGCCUGGCCGAGCUGAGGAGGGUGCACGGCCAGACCCUGCUACCCCAAUGCUCCUCUGUUCAGAUGAGACGUGUGGCUCCUGGCCGCCUGGAGGAGGGAGAAAGGCUGGGUAGAGUCAGGUGCAUCUGAGCACAUGCUUCGAGGAGUGGGUGGCGCUCGUCCUGGCCUCAGAAAGGGUGUGGAGUGGGGCCAAUGUCUGGGGACAGCCGAAUAGGAAUAGGGCUGUGUGGAUAGCCUGCCCGGGCCUGCCCUGACCCCUGGCACCUGUGCUGCUCUUGCUAUGGAAUCCACCUUGUUUUUGGGGGGCACACAUGGUGCCCGGGAUGGAAUGCAGGCUUUCCACAUACAACACAGGUACCCAGCCACCUGCGCCACACCCAAGGUCUGUGGCAAGAAGAGGGUGUUAAGCCUGUGGGAACUUCCUGCCAAGCUGCAGCCAGGCACCCUUGGCAUCACAGCAAGGCCCCUCCCCAGGUCUCCUUGUCCCUCAGCCACCCACCCUCCUGGCCAUGCUGUGCACGCUUUCACAAGCCUGUGGAAGCACAGACGCUGUUACUCUGUGUGCACAGUGCCACCCAAGGCCCGGUCUGGCCCCAUCAGUGUGCUCUCCCAUCCAGCCAGCCAAGGACAGCGGGGCGAUUCUCGAUAAGCUGAUGUGAAUACCCGAGUGCACUGUCUGUCCUGUUGGCAGUCUCUCGGGGGUCCACGCCCAGGAAGCCAGUGACGAAGUUCAUUCUGAGAGACUCU